CUGGCUCGACUCAAAGUUUGCGGCCGCCCCUGCGCCCGCCCGAUGUAUGGGUGAUAUACUGCGGCGGUGUCAGGGUGAGGGACGGCCAUAUUUGCCGGUGCGGCCCGAGCCGUCAACAACAAAAAGUGCGCGGGAGCUCGGCGGGCGCACGGACGGGCGCACGGACGCCGGGCCCGCCUCGCCGCCGCCCGGCCUCGCCGCCGCCGCCGCCGCCUCGCGGGCCGGGCCCCGCGGCGCCCCGCGCGCCCCGCCGCUCGGGGGGAUGUCUUACAAACCGAACUUGACCGCGCACAUGCCCGCCGCCUCCCUCAACGCCGCUGGGAGCGUCCACCCGCCUUCCACCAGCAUGGCGACGUCCUCACAGUACCGCCAGCUGCUGAGCGACUACGGGCCACCGUCUCUGGGCUACACCCAGGGAGCUGGAAGCAGCCAGGCCCCGCAGAGCAAGUACGCAGAGCUGCUGGCCAUCAUUGAGGAGCUGGGGAAGGAGAUCCGGCCCACGUACGCCGGCAGCAAGAGCGCGAUGGAGAGGCUCAAGCGAGGCAUCAUUCACGCACGAGGGCUGGUCCGGGAGUGCUUGGCCGAGACGGAGCGGAACGCCCGGUCCUAGCUGCCUCGUCGGUGGGGGAGGCCUUGCCUCGUCUUCUUCCAAGAAGCUCCAGCGUGUCUCCCCUGUUCAGAUGAAACUUGUUUUCAAAUGGUAACAGUUUGGUUGCUCCUCCCUACUCCCUCCCAUGGUUCGUUAGGCUCUGAACCUACAGCUUCUAAGAUGGAGAAAAGGUGUUGCAGUUGAUUGGGGUUUACAUAUUAGUUAGGAACUAGCCAGGGUGUUGUUGUUGUUGUUUUUUUAAAGCAUUGAUUUAAAAGAUGCACGUCGGUUCCCUGUGUCACAGCAAACCGCAGUGUGCCGCCAAGCUACCGGGUUUCUCUUUGGAAUACAUUUGUUACUCCGAUUGUUCUUCAUUCCCUUCAUAAGCUAACACAGCUCCGCGGGUCUGGGUUUGGUGCGUCCUGAUCGCAGCGCGCUUGAGUAGCCGUCCCUGUUGGCCAUCCAGCAUAGAUCCUGCUUCAUGUAACUUCUUUUUUGCUUAAGCGUUUGCAUGACGUAGUGCUUUGAAGCCCACUUUUAAAAAGAACAAGUUAUAAAUACAGAAGAAAGAGCAUCGUACCGAACCUCACCCGACAAGGACCCCUGCAAUUUCUCCUAAGUCUGUGUGUAGAUUUCAGUUCCACCUUUCCUGUAAGUCGACCCAGACACCUGGAAGAAAAUGACUAACACUGUUUGCAUCUUUGUAUGUAUUUAUUACUUGAUGUAAUAAAGCUUAUUUUCAUUAACAA